GAGGAGAGAGAGGAGAGACGCAGCGUGAGGCAGACAAAGGCCAAGAAGGAGUACGAUUGAGUGGGUGAAGUUUCUGUGGGUUCUCCAUCUCCAAGAGGUCCAAGAUGCUGAAGUCCAAGGACACCUCCACCAAGAGCUCAAGCAAGAUGAGCAAGACUCAGGCCAGCAGUACAGCUUUGCUGGUCGACAAGAUGCAGAAGAAUGCAGACCAGGUGGCGAAAGAUAUCCUCCGGGCCGAAGACCUGCUGAAAGUGGAUCAGGAAAAUGACAGAAAUCAGCGCCAAUUUCAGCAUCAGAAUGAGAUCAAGGAUAAACUGGGCAAUGCAGAGGGUCUGCUGAGUGACCUUUUCCUGGACAUUGAUAAACUCAAGAAGCUCAAGAACCCGCAAGCCACAGCUAUUGAGAGCGAUAUUCGUGACCUUCACCGCCGAUGGUCAGACGACACAGCUAUCUAUGUAGACCUCUACGAGCAAAUUAAUGACGUGUCUCGGAUGCCCAGAAUUGACUGGGAGCCUGUUUUCAGCCAGAAGCAAAAAGCGGUGAGCACAGAGGAGUACGGGCCCACCAUGGCGGACCUGGAGAAGCAGAUUGCUGCUCAAAACAUCUUGCACAGAGAGCUGGCAGCUUACAAGUCGCAGCUCUGCAUCAGUUCUGCUGGUAGCAAGGAGAAAUAUGACACAUUCAAGAAGCAAUAUAACAACAUGGUGGAAACAUCCAAGUUGCGCCACCAGUACCUGAGCAGCCUCUACAAGUACAUGCAGGGCUGCAACAAGGAGCUGAACUUCCUGGCAGAAGAACAGGACAAGAUUAAGAAGCAGGACUGGAGCGAUCACAUGGUGGAUCUCCCUGAUGUUUGCUGGCAGUAUGAGCAUUUUAAGAACAACAGUCUUUUGUCCCACGAGAGCGAAGUGAACAGACUCCAGGAUGAAGCUGAAAGGCUCAUUGAGCUGAGACACCCUGCCAGCGACACAAUACAUGCCCAAAAAGAAGCUGUAAGAAAUGAGUGGCAGAUGUUUCUGAAUCUCUGCAUUUGUAAAGAAACACAUCUGGACAAUGUGGAGGAAUUCACAAAGUACCAAAUGGACACUGAGAAGCUUUCAGAGACAUUGAGUCAACUCAACAGCACCCUGGACCCAAAGUCUGUCAGCAAGAAGAGUAACUCAGUGACUCUGCUGCAGCUUCAGGGAGAGGAAAAUGCUGUCCAGGACUCUGAGCAGCUUCUGGCCGACCUAAGAAGAAGGAGUACAAGCAUCCCUCCUCUUAGGCUACGUCGCAUUACACCCAACAAACCAAUCACAGUGGAGUCCCUAUGUGACUGGGAAACAAACAAGGACUCUGUAUCAAGAGGGGACAAAUUGACCCUGAAAUCCCUCGCUGGCAAUGAGAACUGGAAUGUUCUUUCUUCUAAUGGAGCAACUAAAACCUUCCCAGGAGUUUGCUUCCAGAUCCCACCUCCUGACCCAGAUGCCAUUAGUAAAGUUGACCUUUUGGGCAAGGAGCUGGCAGACAUCAAGAAAAGGAGAGCAGCUCUGGCAGCAUCCUUGAAGAAUCACAAAUCAGAUGUUCCUAAAGUUCAACAGUCAGCUCCAGUUUCUUCAGCGCCACCAAACCCCAAAGUAGCCACCCUGUCUCUGCAGCUGGAACAGCUGGACACUGACCUGGCCAAUACAGAGGAGAGCAUGCUGAGCCAACUGCGAGCACCAGUGAGCCGCAGCGAUCCAGCUGGAGAUCUGGCCAAGAAGCUGAAAGCGCAGGAGCAAUCUGCCAAGACACUGAAGGCUCUGGAACAGCAGAAGCAGGCAGCACAGGCUGACCUGCAGCCUUUGCUCUCCAAAGAUCCCAGCGUGACCUCUUCUGGACUGCCACUUAAACUCAGUGCCGCCAGCAACAAGUACAACAGCUUAGCCGCUCUGGCCGAUCUCUACAGUAAAAAAGCAAAUGCGUCUCUCAACCUAGAGAAUCAAAUAAAGAAGGUGGAUGGUCUUGUCUCUGGAUUUGAGAGAAACCUGAGUGGUGAUGGUCCAAUUCCUGACAUACCAAAUGCAAUUCAAGCCCGAACUGAGGACAUUCAGCGCCAACGACGGUCUGUGGAAGCAGCCCAGAAUGACAUGACGAAACUGAAUCAGGAUCUGGAGACAACUGAGAAGUUGUGCAGCUCCCUGCAGCAAAGCAACCAGGAGUACUGCCCUGACAUCCAACGCCAGAGGAAAGAUGUCAAACAGCUGCAGGUUCGCUAUGACAAUGUUACCAACCAGCUGAAAGAAAGGGAAAAUGUGUUACAAGAAGCUUCAGCCAAACACAAGGACUUUCAAAGCACAUGCCAAUCCCUUAAUUCCUUCCUGGACAACCUGCCUACAAAGCAAAUAAACUCCAAAGAUGAUCUGUCACAGGUCACUGCCAAGCAGAGCUCCCAAAAGAAAGUGGUGGAAGACCUAAAGCAGAAGGGUGAAGACAUGGACAGAGUGGCUGACCUCUCUCAUGACCUGCAGAAUCUACUCAAUGAGUAUGAAGCUGAUGUUGACAAAUACAAUGGUAGACUUGAAGAAGCUGGCAAAACAGUUCCAAAGAAGCCCCAAAUGCUUAAACUCUGUGAUGCUGUUGACAAAGAGGAAAAAAAACUGGGAAAGCGUUAUGCAGAAGCUACAUCGGAAAACAUUCAACGCCAAAAACAGAUGGACUUGGCUAAGAAUUUAAUUUUACAAAAUGAAGAUAAAGUUCAGAUGGUGGCACAGCAACAGGUGCAGGUUGAAAACCAGCAAAAAAGUGUAUUUGAGUUAGACAGCCUGGUGAAAGAACUAGAAGAAGAGAAGGAGAGGACAGCUUGUGCUCAGACAGAGCUAAAAACCUUCAAAACCAGAAUGAUGUCACUAAAAAGCCGCAGAGGAGUGGAGCGUGUUGAGGAGACAGAAGUACUGCAGUACUACCGGGAUCCUAAAUUGGAAACUGAUCUAGCUAACUUGAGAGAUACUCUCCGUCAAGAGGCCAUGGAGCGGAGCACCACUCAGUCAAGCCUUGAGAUUGUAAACAAGAAAAUCACAGUUCUGGAGGACACCAUAAAGAACACGACCCCAAAACUGCUGACUAGAGAAGUGACUGAGUUUGAAAAAGAUCGACAACUGGAUGUAGAAGCUGCAAAGAUAAGAGAUGAGAUAGCGAGGAUGAGAGAUGAAAUCCGAGUAAAAGAUGGAGAGCAGAUUCAAAUGAAGACAGAAGUUACCAUUCUCCAGCAGAAGAAACCACCCAUCAAGGAACGAGUGGUUAAAAAGGAAGUGGUUAAAGUAGAACAAGAUCCACAGAUGUUGAAAGCAUUAAAAACAUUUGAGACUGAUAUUUCUGUUGAGAACAACAAGUGCAAGAUCCUCAAUGAUGAAAUCUUUCAGACAAGAAGUCAAAUUAAUGCACUUGAAAGAUUGAUCCCCAACAUUCAGCCUAAAGUCAUCACUAAAGAAGUGAAAAAAAUUGAACAAGACCCUAUCCUCAUUUCAGAAUCAACCAAGCUGCAAACAACCCUAGAGGAAGAGAGAGUUGGAAACAGCUCUUUGUCUCAAGAAGUGAUGGAGCUGCAAAAACGCUACAGAGAAGUUCAAGGCUGGAAGCCAAGAGUUGAGGUGAAUGAAAUUGUAAAUGAGAUCUAUCGGAUUGAUCCAAAUACAGAAAUAGAGAUUUUGCGCCUUCGCAAAGAAAUACAGGAUUCAAAUAAACAGCGUGCUGAUCUCGAAAAGGAGAUCAGGCAAGUCAACACUGAUCUGAAUACCCUUCGUUCAGAGAAACCCAGGGUAGAAGUCAAAGAAGUUCUCCAAGAGGUGGUGAAAGAAGAAAGAAGCCCUGAAAAUGAGCGAGAGAUCCAAAGGCUAAAUGAUCAGGUCAACCGACUGGACAGCCAGUGCACCUCGCUUGAGGACCAAGUUAGAAAGCUGCGAAAAGAGAGAGAUGAAUGGAAGGCAAAAAUGUCCAAGAUAGAGACCCAACUUGUCAACAGAGAAAUAAUAAAGUAUGAGCCUGAUCCAUUGCUGGAAAAAGAAGCUGACCGCUUGAGAAAAAAUGUGCGGGAGGAAGCACAGUUGAGGCGAAACAUUGAGGAGAUGGUUUUUGACCUCCAAAACAAAUUCCUCCUUUUGGAAAGACAGAAACCGGAAGAGAAAGUGGUGGUGCAGGAGGUUGUACGUCUUCAAAAGGACCCAAGGCAAGCAAUGGAGCAUGACAGGCUUGGUAGAAACCUGGAUGAAGAAGUAAAGAGUCGACGUCAGUUGGAUCUAGAGUUACAGCAACUUAGAACAAAGUUCGAAGACAAAAACCGCAUUAUAAGAGAGAGUGAUGAGCACCAAAAAAGGAUUCAUGCUGAAUCUGAACUUAGGGAGAUCCAACUACGCAUCACACAAUUGGAAAAUGCCCCACCUCCUGUGGAGGAGAGUAUAGUUGUUGAGGAUGUGCUGAAGGUUGAAAGAGAUCCAAAACUUGAGAGGUUGACAAAUGAUUUACGGUCUGAUAUGGACAAGGAAACCCAUGGUAUUCUGCGUCUCCAGAGGGAAAUCCGUAAUGUCAAUGUAAAGCUUGAGAUUCUGCAGAAAGAGAAGUCUGGUGAAAAGACUGUGUACAAAGAGGUUGUUCGUGUGGAGAAAGAUCAGGCUGUUGAAGCUGAAAGGGAUCGCCUAAGGGAGCAGGUGUCUCAGAACAAAUUUGCUAGACAAGACCUGGAGGAUGAAAUCAGACGUCUCAAUGACAAAAUCAACCUUUUAAUAAGCACCAAAUCUAACAAUUCAGGAGAAGAGACAAAUCUUACUAUAAACAAAGAUGCCCUAUUAAAGGAAAAGGACAACCUUACCCGAGAACUCAGAACUCUGGAGGCAAAGAAACAUGACACCAGCCUUUCUUUCCAGCAACAGAGUCGACUAAUGAGUGAAAGAACACACAUGAGCAGGCAGAGAGGCCUAAAGAUGGAGUCAGAUGUCCAGCGAUUGGAGAGGCAGAUCUUGGAAGAGAAAGAUAAGAUUCAUCACCGAGACACUACAAUCCGUGAUAUGCUAACGUACCUACAGAAAGAGGAACAAGCAGAGACAAGGACCAAAGAAACUAACGUCUCAACCAAAAUUACAAUUUUGGAUCCAGAGACUGGCAAAGACAUGUCUCCUUAUGAUGCUUACAUUGGGGGCUUUAUUGAUCGCCAGCAGUACAUUCACCUGCAGGAGCUAGAAUGUGACUGGGAAAACAUAACCUCCAUUGGCCCUGAUGGAGAAACAUCUGUCUUGCAGGAUCGCAAGAGUGGAAAGCAGUACCCUAUAAAAGAUGCUAUUAAGGAAGGAAGGCUAACAGAGUAUGAUCUACAACAGUACAAACAAGGCAAGCUUCCAAUCUCAGAGUUUGCCCUUCUUGUUGCAGGUGACAAAAACAAGCAACCUAAAUUCAACUCAGUCACACAAAAGCCAAAUUUAUCAGUGAAAUCCCCAUUAAACCUUACCUCUGCUACUGAAAUACAGCCGAUUGCUGGAAUAAUGGAUACAUAUACAGGCACCUGCUUUACAAUCCGCAAUGCCACCUUGCGCAAACUGAUUGACCCUACCACUGCCCAAAGGCUAUUGGAAGCUCAAGCAGCAACUGGUGGGAUAAUUGACAUCAGCAACAAUGAGAGAUACAAAGUUAACAAGGCAACACUAAGAGGUCUCAUUGAGGACAGCCAAGUCCAACGGCUGCUCAAUGCAGAGAAAGCUUUCACUGGAGUGGAAGACCCCAUGACGAAAGAAUGUUUGCCUGUGGGAGAAGCUGUUCAGAAGGGCUGGAUGCCAAGAGAUUCAGCAAUUCGAUACAUGGAGGCCCAGCAUUUGACUGGGGGGCUGGUAGAUCCUGCCAAUGGUGGCAGAGUGAGCCUCUUAGAUGCCAUCAGAUCCAAAAUGAUCGACAAUGCAAUCGCAAGGGAUCUUCAAACUGAGACAACCUAUGUCAAAGAUGUUGUAGACCCUAUCACGAAGGAGAAGAUCAACUACAAACAAGCGCUGGAUCGCUGUAGGAAAGACCCAGCAUCAGGCUUACCUAUGCUGCCUGCCUCCUCCAUAGAGUCUGGCUUCAACUCUUCAAAACAUGCACGUUUCUAGAAAUCUUGUUGUAUCUUGCAGGUUUUUUCAUUAGAUUUACAGGAUACAUUUUGACAGCAGCUAAUGUGCUUCAACAAAAUAAUCCCUGCUGAUUUGCAUUUGUGUACUAAAAGGUAUUGUGUGGGAGUAUAUGCUUGUUUUUGUUUUAUCUUUUUGAUAUAAUUCAAAAGCAGAAAUGUUUUUCUUUGGUAUUGUAAUAGCUCGGGAUAUUGGGACAUGCUGCAAUGCUAUUUGCUGAGAUUGAAUGAAUUUCUAUUACUCACUGUUAUGAAGAUUCAAGAGAAUAAAUCCUUUAUUUUGUGAA